AUGUGUUGCCAUGGAGAUGGAAUACGUCCUGUUGGAGAGAUGACAUCUGCCACACCCCCUUCUUCUCGUAGCUCCUCCCCUCAGAAGGUUUGCCACUCCCAGACGCAGACGGACGUUUUGAAACCUUUACUGGGCAGUGGUGUUUCUGGAGGGGGCGGGACCUUGAGGAGGAGGAGGCGUGUCCUGUCAAAAGAUGGGCGGAGCAACGUGCGAAUCGAGCAUGUCAGCGGGCGGAGUGCACUUUACAUGCGUGACCUCUGGACGACCUUUCUGGACAUGCAGUGGCGUUACAAGUUCUUCCUGUUCACCGCCACCUUUGCUGGGACCUGGUUCCUCUUUGGGGUCCUGUGGUACCUGGUUGCUCUGGUCCAUGGAGACCUGCUGGAGUUUGAUCCUCCAUCCAACCACACGCCAUGUGUGAUGCAGAUGCAGACCCUGACAGGAGCCUUCCUCUUCUCCCUGGAGUCCCAGACAACUAUUGGCUAUGGUUUCCGCUGUAUCACUGAGGAGUGCCCAGUCGCCAUCAUCCUUCUCAUUGUCCAGCUCGUCAUCACUAUGGUGAUGGAGAUCUUCAUCACUGGUACCUUCCUGGCUAAGGUUGCUCGGCCAAAGAAGCGGGGUGAGACAGUGAAGUUCAGUCAGCAUGCUGUGGUAUCGACCCAUGAAGGCCGACCAUGCCUUAUGAUCAGGGUGGCCAACAUGCGCAAGAGCCUGCUGCUCGGGUGCCAGGUUACAGGGAAGCUGCUGCAGACAUCCCUGACCAAGGAAGGGGAGACAGUGCGUCUGGACCAGAGGAACGUGCCUUUCCAGGUGGACACGUCCAGUGACAGCCCCUUCCUCAUCCUGCCUCUCACCUUCUACCACAUGAUUGAUGACAACAGCCCUCUGCGAGCCUGGGCUGCCAAGGGUGGUGGCUGGACUGACCCGGAGUUGGCUGACUUUGAGCUGCUGGUGAUCAUGAGCGCCACAGUGGAACCGACCUCGGCUACCUGCCAGGUCCGCACCUCCUACCUGCCAGAUGAGAUCCUCUGGGGUUACGAGUUUCCCCCUGUGGUCUCCCUCUCCCCCUCGGGCAAAUAUGUGGCCGACUUCGCCUUCUUUGACAAAGUGGCCAAAACCAAGACUACACCUGUUUUCAAACCAUCCAGCCCCCAGCACGAGUACCAGAGCAGCGGGGGCGGGUCCGUACCAGAGGGGGCUGACCCAGAGAAGAUCCGUCUGGAGCAGAGCUACAGGGAAAGAGGGGAGGACCGCGGCCGGGUCAGAGACAGCAGCCCCCUCAGCGUACGCAUCAGCAAUGUGUGAGCGGCUGGACUGGCUGAGACAAGACACAUCCCAGCAAGCAUUUCAUGAACGGUGACAUGCAAGAGGUGGCCAAGUUCAGCAUCAACUCCAAAUGCAUCCCUAAGCACGACAUUUUCACCAUUUGACAUUAUGACAGGGCAAAAAAAAAAUCAUAUUGAUACAGCUUUGGAGCCUGAUAUAAGAAAGAUAUUUAGGUGCCAGUUUCACAAAACAGUACAGGUAACAGACACUAUAUUUACACUGAUUUCCAGCAUUGGUGCACACUGUUGUAUCAUUCAAAAUGUUUGCUGGGAUAUUAUACAUUUAGAAUACGUGUGACUGUAUUCAUGCACAGUAAGAGCUUCACACACUGCCUAACUGCAGAUAUGACGAGUGCAUUUAAUAUGCAAAUACACUUUAAUGGAUAUAGAAUAAUAAUACACGUAUGUUCAUACAUAGCAAUAAUGGGUCUAAAUUUCUCAGCGAGGUCUGUUUAUGUUUCAGUGCAAAUACCAAUGAAAAAUCUUUGGCCAGUUCAGCUACAAGGAGUGACAAUAUGACAUGUAAUACAUGUGAAGUAUUUUUGGACUGAGAGAGAGGAAGUGGCCUCUCACA